AUAUAUAUAUAUAUAUUUUUUCCGAUUGUUAACAUUCGACUGUUAUUUUAUCGCGCGGAUAUUUAAAAGCAAUUGUGCGAGGUUAUUCUCGCACGCAAGCGACGCACGCAAUACCAAUCGUACGAGAGCAAUUUCACGCGCACGGAGGCAGUCGAAGUUUAACGCGAGGCUGCGCGUAGUGAACGCCUGGCGCGAGCAAUUAAAAGAGCGUAUUUAUUUACCUGUCGUCUUACUAGUACGCACACGCGCGCACGCGUUGGCUACAUCAAGCAUCCCUCGAGGACCAUCUCCACAGACCGUUCCCAAAAGAGCCUGCACGACGCAGUGGAAGAAUGGCCCUCUUGUUGAUUGUGUCGCUUCUCCUCGGGUCUUUUUCCCUCGCCGUGGCCUCACGCAAUACGACCGCAGGUUGUGCAAUCAUUCGCCCACCGAGAGAUGGAGGAAUCAGAUACAGGGGUCUGACACAGGAACAGAUCCGCAGCGUUCAGGUGUUGCCGGUGGAUUAUGAAAUCGAGUAUAUCUGCAGAGGAAACCGAGUGAUCGUGGGACCGAAGGUCAGGAAGUGUCUCCCUGACGGCACAUGGACCGAUCUGAACCAGCGCAGCAAAUGCUUGCUGCCGUGCGCGCGGGUCUGGACGUCUCUGGAGAACGGCCGUGUGACGGUUCACCCUCCAGGCCCUGCGGUGGAGGGCACCAUACUGCACUACAGCUGUCUGGAGGGGUUCAUCCUGGUGGGAAGAAACAGCACUCAGUGCACUAAACUGGGCAAGUGGGACUCACCCAAACCUGUCUGCCACUAUGACAGACAUUACACAGGCAAGAAGAAGCUCUACAUCGGAGCCCUGUUCCCGAUGAGCGGCGGAUGGCCGGGUGGCCAGGCUUGCCUCCCUUCUGCCCAAAUGGCCCUGGAUCUGGUGAACAAGAGAACGGAUAUUCUUCCGGAUUAUGAGCUUGAAUUAAUCUACUAUGACAGUAUGUGUGAUCCCGGCGAGGCCACGAAGCUGCUGUAUGACUUGCUGUACACGGAGCCCAUAAAGAUCGUCCUGAUGCCAGGCUGCAGCUCUGUGUCCACGCUGGUGGCCGAAGCGGCACGCAUGUGGAACCUCAUAGUGUUGUCCUACGGAUCCAGUUCACCAGCACUCUCCAACCGCCAGCGCUUCCCCACCUUCUUCCGCACGCAUCCCUCAGCCACUUUGCACAACCCCACCCGUGUACAACUCUUCCAGAAGUGGAAGUGGACCAAAAUCGCCACCAUCCAGCAGACCACCGAAGUCUUCACCUCUACUCUGGAUGAUCUAGAGCAGAGGGUGAAGGAGGCAGGCAUUGAGAUCAGCGUGAGGCAAAGUUUCCUCACGGAUCCUGCUGUGGCCGUCAAGAACCUCAAGCGGCAAGAUGCUCGCAUCAUUGUGGGCCUGUUUUACGAAACGGAAGCCAGAAAAGUGUUUUGUGAGGUCUAUAAGGAGAAGCUGUAUGGGAAAAAGUAUGUGUGGUUUCUGAUUGGCUGGUAUGCUGACAACUGGUUCAAGAUCAAAGACCCAUCCAUCAACUGCACUGUGGAGCAAAUGACAGAAGCUGUGGAGGGUCAUGUGACCACUGAGAUAGUCAUGCUCAAUCCAGAGACUGUGCGAGGGGCCUCUAACCUGACCUCGCAGGAGUUCCUAGCGCAGCUGAUGUCCAAGCUGGGGGGGAAGAAUCCAGAGGAAACCGGAGGGUUUCAGGAAGCUCCUCUGGCGUAUGAUGCAGUUUGGGCUCUGGCUUUGGCUCUCAAUAAGACAGUGGGGCCUCUGAAGGCAAAAGGACGGAGAUUGGAAGAUUUUAAUUACAAUAACAAGGACAUUACUGCGGAGAUCUACCGAGCCCUCAACACCAGCUCAUUCGAGGGGGUUUCGGGUCAUGUGGUGUUUGAUGCCCAGGGUUCCAGAAUGGCAUGGACCCUCAUCGAACAGCUGCAAGGAGGAAGCUACAAGAAGAUUGGAUACUACGAUAUGACCAAAGGCAAUCUCUCUUGGUAUGGGAAUGACAGGUGGAUAGGCUCCGGUCCACCUGCUGACCAGACGGUGGUGAUUCAGAAGUUCAGAUAUCUGUCACAAAAACUCUUCGUCUCUGUGUCUGUUUUCGCUGGCUUGGGCAUUUUAAUGGGCAUCGUUUGCCUCACCUUUAACAUCUACAACAGCAACGUCAGGUACAUUCAAAACUCCCAGCCGUACCUGAAUAACAUGACGGCAGUGGGCUGUAUGAUGGCUCUGGCUGCUGUUUUUCCUUUGGGAAUUGACGGGCUGCAUGUACGCAACUCUCAGUUUCCUGUGGUCUGUCAGUUUCGUUUGUGGCUGCUUGGACUUGGCUUCAGUUUGGCUUAUGGAAGUAUGUUCACAAAGAUCUGGUGGGUUCACACGGUCUUCACAAAGAAGGACGAGAAGAAAGACAAGAGAAAGCAGCACCUGGAGCCCUGGAAGCUCUACGCCACGGUGGGAGUCCUGCUGGUCAUCGACAUCCUGUCCCUUAUGAUCUGGCAGAUCGUGGAUCCCCUGCACAUCACAGUGGAGAAGUUCACUAAAGAAGCACCUAAAGGGGACGUGGAUCAGCUGAUCGAGCCUCUUCUGCAGCACUGCAGUUCAGAGAAGAUGAACACAUGGCUUGGUGUCGUUUAUGGCUAUAAGGGUUUGCUGCUGCUUCUGGGAAUUUUUCUGGCUUACGAAACCAAAUCUGUGUCCACUGAAAAAAUAAACGAUCAUCGAGCUGUUGGGAUGGCCAUCUACAACGUCUCGGUGCUGUGUAUGAUAACGGCUCCCGUCACCAUGAUCCUGUCAUCUAAGCAGGACGCCUCGUUCGCCUUCGCCUCGCUGGCCAUCAUCUUCUCCGUCUACAUCACUCUGGUCGUCCUCUUCGUCCCCAAGAUGCGGAGGCUUAUCACUCGUGGUGAGUGGCAGUCGGACCAGCAGGAGACCAUGAAGACCGGCUCAUCCACAAACAACAACGAUGAAGAGAAAUCCCGCCAGCUGGAGAGGGAAAAUAAAGAGCUGCAGAAGAUCAUCCAGGAGAAAGAGGAACGAGUGUCAGAGCUGAGAAACCAGCUGUCAGAGCGACAGGCCCUGCGCUCCAGGAAACGGCCCACCUCCUCCAAUCAGAACCACAGCUCUCCAUCUCUCCCCACUCCUCAGAACGAUCCCAAAUCUCUCCUCCCGCCACCAGGAUACCCCCUCCCUGCCUCCGACAACCACUCCCUCCCUCCCACCUUCUCCAACUCCUCCACCCUCUACCAGCCAGACGGCAAGAUCAACCGCAACAACUGCCACCCCGGCCGACUGCAGCUCCUCUACAAGUGAGUCUGGAGGACGCGGGGUCGAACACAAGCGGUGUGCGGCGAACUGAAAGGGGAGGGAGAAAAACAAGCUACCUUGAUUCGCGGCCCACAGUUUUCCCCAUCUCCGCCCAGCAGACGGCCUUGUUUUUUUUUUCUUUUGUUUCCGACACUUGCUGUGACUCAUGGGAGGUCAUACACAGGAGGCGUGAGAAUCUGGUUUUGAUUGCAUCACUCGAUGUGUCACCGUAUUUGAACGUCACACAUGCUAUCAACCAUUUCGUCGUUCAAAUGAGUAAUCCUCAGCUGAUUUUGACUCGGAAAAUUGCGGACGAAUGAUGACAUGCUAAAAAUGUCCAAACAAAAACAUCGUUAUUCCCUUAAAAUACUAUUUUUUCGAUUGCAAUACCACAAUUUUUCAAUACGUUUGUGCUUUUGUUUUGUUCAUAUUUCCUACAGUUCAAUCAGGAUGAAUGAAUAUAAGCCAUGACACACCAAACAUCGGGCCAUCGUAUCUGAUUGUUUUUUCGGUGUGUGUUCAGCACCAUUGGCGCUAGUUAGACACCGUCGGUGGCUUUUUGGCCUGUUGAGCAUGUUGAGCUCUGAUUGGCUGUUCGCUUUAACAAACAAGUGCAUGAGAAAAAAAGCGAAAGGCAUGACUGCAAGCAAAGAAAUCAAGACUGAAUAUCCAAUAACUAAAUAUUCUCUGGAAUUAAAGAAAACCAUGAUUCAUAUCUGAAAUGGCUUUAUGGAUUGUAUAUAUGCAGUCUUAGUUCUGGUUUCCCUUUCUGAAUGACGAAUACAGACUAUUGAUACAUGGGGUCACUUUCUCUCAUGUAGGCACAGAAUGUACCUGCUGGCUGCUUUUAGGUCCAAACGGCAACAACAGUCAACUUUCACUGCUGCUAGUUUGGUUUGGUGUGUCAAGGCCUUAAAGGGGAAGUUCACCCAAAAAUGAAAACGUAUUCACGUCAUUAAUUACCCACCUACCUGUAGGUCCUUCAUUAAUCCAUGUCUCAUGGACUAUUUUAACAAUGUCUUUACAUUCUUUCGGGGCUUUGAAAAUGUUGGUUCCCUCGCUGUUUAUGGAGGGUCAGAAAUCUCUCAGAUUUCGUUAAAGUAUUUUAUUUUGUGUUCCGUAGAUGAAUGAAAGUCUUGUGAGUUUGCGCGGGUGAGUAAUUCAUGACCUAACCCUUAAAAUCUGAACUCUGAAACUGCUUUGUGUUCACACACAUAUUUUGUGCGGUGUCAAUCACAUUUUGAUAUCAUGACAUACUGAACUGCAAUAUAUCUGUUGCAAUAUGUACCAUAUAGUGAAGAUUGCCGUUGCCGUUUUCAUUACAGUCUGCCAGGUGCUUAAUAUGCAAUCGUGAGUCAGUGUGGUAACAACAUGGAACAUUUUUUACAUUUACAUUUAUUCAUCUGGCAGAUGCUUUUAUCCAGUGCAUUUUACAGUGCGUCUAAAGUUUACAUUUUAUCAGUAUGUGUUCCCUGGGAGUCGAACCCUUGAUCUUAGUGUUGCUGGUGUCAUACUUGAACUGCGUUUGACUUCUGACUACUUCAUAUCAUGUUGUUUAUCAACCGAUUUUCAAAUUUUCAACAUGAACUCAUAAACAUUCUUUCACAGCUGACAGUAUUAUGAAAUGUCUUGUGACCAAUGAACAACCGAUUUAUAAUUUCCUGUUUUUUUAGCCCAUUAUCUCAUUUGAAACUCACUUUUAAGGGAUUCCUGUCUUACAUCACAGAUGUGAUACCUCAGAUCAUCUAGUUUGCCGAAGAGAAGUGUGCUAUUGCUCUAUAGACUUGUGAUUUUCAGCAGGCAGGUGUAAAAAUCCCAUAAAUCUCCACUGAUGGAAGGACACUUUUGUAAGAAACCCACCGGAAUACCUUAGCAACUUCAUAGCAACAUCCUGCCAUUUUAAUGUGAUUUUUGCAUGGACAAAAAUCACUCAUAAUUUCUUUAUCAAAAAAAAACUAGCUUCGCAAUAAGCUGCAAUGAUGUAAUGAAAUGAUGUUGGUUUGCUUAUAGCCAGCUUUUCUCCCAGAGCAUGCUGGGAUAAUAUAUUAACAGUCACAAGCUGUUGAAGGCGUUUGAAGUCUUUGUACAGAGGAGACGUAAUUUCAUCACAGAUUUGGGGGUUUUGUUUUUAUUAGAUCCCCCUUGUCACUGAAAGCCACAGAUUGAAUCUUCCAGCAACGUAAUGCAUUUUGCUUCUAAAUGGUACCUGCCAUAUUGACAGCAUCACAGGAUGCUGCUACUUUGCAAUGCAGAUAACAUUAAAAGUGCAUCGUGGAACCAUUUUUAUCGUGUGUUUGGUACACGGCAGUGAAAAGAGGUUAGCUGAGAUUAGUUGAGCGUGCAGUACGGUACUUUACCUGGUCGUGCACAUUCACACGCUCGUCAGCUGCUUAAACCACGUUACGUUCCUGGUUUAUUCGAAAAAAUGAAACCUUACUGUACAGUACAGAACAUGAUUUCUAAACCCGAUUCUUUGUCUCCUCGUCAUGAAUAAAACAACCAGUGUCCUGUCUGCAGCGCCCCCUAAAUGACAGUCUUCAAUGGCAGCUUUUCCCACAGCUGUGCGUUUGUUUGACCCUCCUCAACUCUUGCUUUAUCUCGCUGUGGAUUCAUCGGCAGGCCUGUAUAGCAAAGUUUGCUUUGUUUCAGCUGGACUAUAAAUGGUUUGUGUCGUCUGCCUCAUUUCCUCCUUUGAGGUGGCAAAGUCCCUCUCUCAUUUGGAGGGAUGUGAUGUACAGAAAGAAAAACCCUACAGGGACUAUGAGAGUCAUUUGUCUAUUCAUAAGUGCUUAUGACAAUAGCACAUUGCUCACUAUUUUUGAGAACUGUUAAUACCUCAUAAUAUUUGGAAUGUUGCUGCUGGUUUUCUAAAACAUAUAUAGGCUGUGUUUGGAAUCGCACGCUAGUAUACUACCCUUAGUGUAGUGUAUAGUAUGUAUGGGUGCAGUACGAGGCAAUGAAAUCUCUCAAACCGCGACGGAUUGAAACAAAGUAAAAAUCCUGGUCAUUCUCUUUAUAGGGAAAGCAGUUGUUUAAUAGUAACUUACUCUGAGCUACGAGGUUGAUCGUCUUUUAUUGAAGCCAUAAUGUGAAUAUGAAGCCCAAAUUUAAAACCAUUUUUUCUUGUAGUCAUGCUUAAAAGUGGAAUUCCUCGUGAAAACCUACAUUACCCAUAAUUCUGAGAAUCUCUACCAAUCAGAAAAUUACAAAAAAUCUCAUGAAGCUCUGCAAAUGAUUUAGAGUCGGUUUCCCUGCACUGUUAAACUGCUUAUAUGUUUGUAUGCAUAAUAUGCACAUUUUGCAAUAAAAGAAAUAUAUUGUUUCUAUAUCAACAGUCUAUAUUUCUCGCUUUUGUCGCAUUUGUCAUUUGCAAUGCUUCAUGGGAUUGUAGUUCUUUCCCAUUGUUGUACCUUUGUCUUUUUGUCCAAUUUUCUAAUACUUUUUUAUAUUGUUGAAAAAUUUUGUGAUUCAUCUCGUAGCUGGUUGGUUUGGUUCAUGGCUUUAAAAUAAUACUUUUUUAACUCACUAUAGAAAAAUGUAUUUGAAGAAAUACUCCCAGAACCAAUAAAGUCGCGUUUGCAUUAUAAACCAGCAUUAAAUAAUAUUAAGCACCCAAAAGUUACUUUUUAGCCACAUUUUUUAACUAGGCCUUAUAAAAUGCAUAUCAACUGUAUUUUAUCAAAUGAUAACUGGAUGCAAUUUACAGUUUGAUGGAAAAUGAGACAGAAUACAGUAUACACUGGCAGUAUUGUACUAUAUAUACUGUGUUACGGUAUGCUAGCAUUCCAUUCUGAACACAGAUAGAGAUCGAACUGCAUUGUGAUGUCAUCCAAUUGGUUUGUCAUAAGCGCUUGUGAUUGGCUAAAUGGUGCUCUGAUGAUUUACACUGAUCCAAGAUGACUCUCCAGGAAUCCUGGGGAGGAUGUCGUGAACACGAGGACAAACCCCACCAUGGUGUUUAUUAUCGGCCUACUGUAAUAUUUUAUUCAUCAUUUCUUGUCAAAUGGUGGUUCAAUAAUAAUCAUGAUAGUGAUGAUAUGCACAAAUGUUAAUUGUGUAAAUGCUAAAUGUACAUGAUAAAUGUAUUCUCUUGCACAAAGUAUGAAGUAUAUAAAGUCAAAGGUAUUCGUAUGUGGUAUUGAAAAUAUAUUUGUAUUUGUACUAUGAUAGAUUCUGUACAACGCUAUUGGACUGGUGUCUAUGGUGAAAUAAAUGUAGUUUUUGCUACAUUUUUUUAAA